CCGAGUUCUCUCAUUUAAAUUUUAUUUAGUUUUGUGACAUCAUUGAUACUUGUUCUGUUAUUAAAACUAUCAUAUAUUUUAUGAAUAAAAAUAAAUAUCACUAUAAUUUUUGCUUAUUAUGAAAAAUGAUUAAACUAAGUAGAAUUUGUACUCGUAAAUUGACAUUGUUAACCGCAGUUGUUUGUUCAUUUGCUCAAACGCCAUCCAUUAAUGAUGGAAUUGUUUUUAGUGGAACAACAAAAGUGACGACUACUACUACUACUACCGCACGACCUAAUUCAAAUUGUAUUUGUGUCCUCCAAGGUACGUGUUUGUCACCAUCAGCCACUACUGCAGUUCCUUCAAUAGAUAUACGCAUUGUCAAUCAGGGUAAACAAUCGUGUCCUUCAGGUCAAGUAUUGUGCUGCGAUGUAUCAGGAAGUUUUACAAGUUCAUGUGGCACCCGAAAAAUAACAAAUUCUCCAAUUCAAGGUCAAGGAAUAGCCAAAUAUGGAGAAUAUCCGUGGCACGUUGCUAUUUUAAAACCAAACAAUGAGUACAUUGGUUCCGGAGUUCUCAUUACAUCUACACAUAUUUUGACAGCAGCCCACAAAGUUUCAUCAUAUCCUAAUACGCAAUUCAAAAUUCGACUUGGAGAUUGGAAUGGUAUAUUAGACAGCGAGCCUUAUCCAUAUCAAGAGUAUUCCCCUCUCACUGUUAAAAUACAUGAAAAUUUCAACCCAAGCACUCUCUACAAUGACAUCGCUGUGAUUAAAAUUAAUGGAGAGGUGCCACUAGCAUUAAGUCCGCAUAUCAAUACAGCAUGUUUACCAACGGCACUCCCACCUGUUGGGACACAGUGUUGGGUUACUGGAUGGGGAAAAAAUGCUUUUGGACCCACCGGAAGUUAUCAAAGUAUUUUGAGAGAAGUUCAAGUCCCGAUUAUUGAUCAAUCGGUUUGCGAAAAUCAGCUUCGUAACACGAGGCUAGGUGGAUUAUUUUAUUUGAAUAGAAUGAGUUUUAUGUGUGCCGGUGGAGAACCUGGAAAAGACGCUUGUACGGGGGAUGGUGGUGCACCAUUGGUAUGUUUAUCCAGCACGCAACAAUGGAGUGUAAUUGGCUUGGUUAGUUGGGGUAUUGGAUGUGCGCAAAAUAUUCCAGGAGUUUAUGUUAAUGUAGUUAAUUACUUACCAUGGAUCUAUCAAAAUAUAAGUUAGGAUUAUGUAGAUUAUUAUAAAUAAAAAAUGUCCAUCGAGAUUUAAAAUGAAAAAA